AGUCGCGCGGCAUAAACGAUGACGACGAUGAACAAAAGCCGUUGUGGCCGAGGAGGGAGGAAUCGGACGUGUGUUCACAAGUUGACCUUUCUGUCGACAAGUAUCACUGUUCGUUGCCGCCUAUGGGGUGAACUUGCCGAUUUCGUCCAGUACCCUAAACAAUUAUUGUCGCGAGGACGAUCACCGAGAAGCUCACGAUUGAGUGCCGUAGGAAAAACACGGAUUUUGAACGGGAACGAGGAAAACAAAAGAAAACAGAAAUCCAUGUCCGAGCUUCGCGAGUCUCCGCGAGACGAGAAUCAUUCUAAAGAUCACACCAGUUGAAUCGAUGCUCGAGUGGAUAUCUUGAGUCGCUCUACUUAUAAUUUUAGG